AUGCUAUACUUGAUAAUCGGAGUAUGCUUUCUGGUAGGAAAAGUGUUCACACCGACUGAAGAUAAAGACGAGAAAGAAAAGGAAGAGUUUUAUGAGAGACUGGAGGAGAUAUUAGAUACAACAGUGGGAAAUAUCAAAAUUGUCCUAGACGAUUUUAAUGCAAAAACAGGAAAAGAACGAAUAUACCGUAAAGUAGCAGAAGUGCACAGUCUACGCGAUCUCUCGAACGAUAAUAGUUCGAGACUAGCGAAUUUCGCAUUAGGGAAUGGAUUAAUAAUUAAGAGUACAAUGUUCCCGCGUAAGGAUAUAUAUACAAAUAUACCCGGGAAUCGCCAGACGGGAGACAUGAGAACCAGAUUGACCAUGUUUUGGUCGAAAACAGGUUUAAAAAUGGUACAACUAAUGCAAGAACACUACGUGGAGCUGAUGCAGACUCGGACCAUCCGUUAG